GCACCUGGACAGCCACGCCCUGUGGGAGCCGCAGGUGUUCGCCCGCAGCUGCUUCCGCAUCAUCAUGUUCUCCAUCCAGCCCCAGCAUUCCCACCUGGUGAUCCAGCAGCUCCUGAGCCACCUGGACGCCAACAGCCGCAGCGGCGCCGCCGUGCGCGCCGGCAUCGUGGCCGUGCUCUCCGAGGCCGCCGGCAUCGCCGCCACCGGAGCCGUCGGAUUUUCUGUGGCUUUUUGGGGGUUCCGUUCCGGCAUCGUGGCCGUGCUCUCCGAGGCCGCCGGCAUCGCCGCCACCGGAGCCGUCGUUUUCCAGGCUUUCUGGCACUCCCCAAACCCCCCAAAAUUCCCUAAAAAAAUUCCCAUUUUUUUCCCCCCAGGCCCCACGGUGCUGGAGGUGUUCAACACCCUCCUGCGGCAGCUGCGCCUCAGCAUCGACCUCGCCCUGGCCGGGAGCUCCCAGAAUUCCCAGAAUUCCCAGAAUUCCCCGAAUUCCGGAGCCGCCGAGCCCCAGAACUCCCGGCAGCUGCAGGAGAGCCAAUUCCAGGAGGCCGUCAUCAAAACCAUCGGCUCCUUCUCGGCCACGCUGCCGCCCUACCAGCAGUCGGAGGUGAUGGUCUUCAUCAUGAACAAGGUGCCCAUCCCCGAGAAUUCCCAACAUUCCCAACAUUCCCGGCACUUCCCGGAGCCCGCAUCCCAGCCGGACGGGAAGGAGAUCCGGACCCGCCUGACGCAGAUCAUGCUCCUCAAAUCCCUGCUCCAGGUGGCCGAGGGGCUCCGCUGCAGCAGCCUGCUGACCGCCCUGCCCGCCGCCUUCCUGGAGCGGCUGCUGGCGCCCGCGCUGCUCCCCGACGCGCACAUCCGCCUCUUCGUCCUCGACAUCCUCGGCUCCUUCCUCGACCGCCGCCGCCUCCGCCUCCGCCUGGUCCCCUCCAGCUCCAUCGCCGACGUUUCGCUGCUGAAGCUGAAGGUGGAGAAAUGUUCCCGCCAGGAUUCCGUCUUCAUGAAAAAGCACGGCUCGGCGCUGCUGUGCCACGCGUUCCGGGUGUGCCGCCUGGCCUCCAGCUCCCCUCAGCACUUCCGGGCCGUGUUCCGCCUCCUGGCGCUGCUCAGCCUGGAGCUGGGCACCGAUGACGUCAUCACCGACCUCCUGCGCCUCGUGCUCGCCCUGCAGGAUGUGGCUCAGGAGGAGCUGCAGCUGCCGGAGCCGUCGCGCUGCGCUCUGGCCGCCCUCGGAGCCGCCCUCCUGCACUUCCUGGGCCACCUGCUGGGCAUCCCCGCCUUCCUCCAGCACGUCCAGGAG